AUGGAUGGUCAGAGCCAGGCAAACACUUCAGACUGUUCCAGCAGGUCAGGACAGCAGACAAAUCGUGCCAGCACAGACAGAUCCUGUGAAUGUAAAGUUUGCCAGCAUUCAGCCGAUGGGGGCAGACAAAGAUUGAAAGAGAAGAAAGAGAAAGUUCAAGAAGGCAAGAGGUGGAGCAGUGUGGGAGAAAAGACAGAGUGGCUUAAGAAGAGUUGGGAGGUGGGGUGCAGGGGCACUGACCAGGAAAACGUCCUUGAUAUUUGUUGUCAUGGUACCUGCUGCUAUGGCAAUAGACCAGGCUUGGAUGAGUUUAAGGAGUUUUUGCGAGGAACCCCAGGAGAGAAGCUGUUUAAUCUCUGGAUGGAUAUAGAAAGACUGAAAGCUACACAGAACAGAGAGCGGAAGAACAGGUAUUUGGUCCUGAUGAGGGGCUGGUACUUGCUGAGCAGCAGCCAGAGCAGUCUUAAUGUAGAGCUGCUCUCCAGACUGGAGCUGACGACCUCCCCCUGCUGGACAGAGGAGAAACUGCGCUCAGUUCAGCCCGUCCUCACAGAGUCACUGCUCUACUACUGGGCUCCUCGGUUCUGGACAUCCCGGUGUGUUAAGGAAGACCGUGAUGACACUCCUCAUCCAGGGCUGUGGACAGAGUGGUGUGUUAGCCCCCUAUCAGGCGUACAGCCCCACCAUGGCUCAAUGACCCUGCCUUCCCUCCGCCCUGACACAAGCGUGCCCCAGUCCCCCCAUACUGUCUGUGCGCAGCUGUAUCCUAGCAGAAGUCAGUUACUGGGCAGCAGAAGAAUAGAGAAGAUGUUUCAGGCUCUUUGUGUUGACUCGUGUGCCGGCUUCUACUUCACCAACUUCUGUGAACAAUCUGGAAACCAGCUGUGGGAGAAUGCAGUUAGCUUUUGGAGCGACCUGCAGCAUUACCGUGAGCUGUUCUAUCAGGACGGCCUGGACCCCUACAGAGUUCAGAGAGAGGCACAGCUCCUUUACUCUACCUAUGUCUUCAGCUCCGCCAGGAGGAGCGUUGGUGUUGAUGAGGAGAUCAGAAAGGAGGUGUACGACCGAAUGAGGCCUGCUUUUGAGGAGCUGUUUGACAAGGUUGAGGAACACACACUGGACAUCCUGCUGGAGCCGUGGACACUGCUGGUCAGCAGGGACAAAGAGUCCUUCCACAAGGUGUGUGUGCAGGAGGAGGUGCGCUGCAUCGACAGUCCAGAGUACAGGGAACUCCAGAGUCUGUACGAGGAAUCAGAGCGGCGACUGAAACAGGUGGAGCACUGCGGGUCACUUUCAUUUCCCUCCUCUGGUGCACCUUCUACUCCCCUCUCAAAGGGCCCCCGGGCGCCUGACUCUUGGUCCGGAGUGUCUCACGAUUACCAAGGUUACCGUCUCGGUUCCUUGCUCCGUCACCGCCAUGAGGUCGGGCACUUUAUGUCCUUCCUACAGAAUCAGGACGCCAGUAUCCAUCUGACAUGCUGGUUGGAUCUGGAGCAGUACAGGAGGACUCCUCACAAGGACAAAGCUGUCAGAGAAGAAAGGUCGUCUCAUAUUGCAACCAAAUACCUCAACAGGAAGUACUUCUUUGGCCCUGACAGCCCCGCCACAACAGAACAACAGAAUGAUAUACUGCGUCUGGCGGGUGGACUGGAACGUCUGAAACUGGAACGUCUCUCUAACCCAGUCGUCAUGGAGAUCCAGGACAUCGUCAGGAGUCACAUUGAGAAAAGAUGGCUUCCUCUGUUCCUGUCCACUGCAGAGUUCACAGAGCGACAAAAACACCAACCAAAGCCUGAAGCCGCAGACGGGCUCUCACAGCACGUCUACCGUCGACGCAGAACGAGGAGAGGAGCCUGGAAGGCUGAGGGCUUGUGGAUGAGUUCCUCCAAAGAGAUCCUGCUGUUUCGGCGGAUCCUACUCAACCCCGUCACUUGUAUGCAGUUCCAGCACUUCGUCUCUCUGAAGGGAGACUUCCUAGAAAAUGAUGUGCUCUUCUGGCUGGAGGUGCAGAGAUACAAGGACCUCUGCCAUUCCCACAGUGCUGAGGCCACCAUCCAGCAGAAGAUCUCCACCAUCAUUAACUGCUUUGUCAACUCGUCCAUGCCCCCCACCCUGCAGAUAGACAUCCCUCCUGACCAGGCCCAGCACAUUCUGGAGAAACGCCACGAGCUGGGCCCUUACAUCUUCAGAGAGGCACAGAUGUCAGUGUUCAGUGAACUGCUGAAGUUUUGGCCCGAGUUUCAAGAGCUGAGCAGCAGUGUCCAAGAGGAGCAACUCCUUCCUCUACUGCAGGAGAAACGAGUCAAACACAGAGCCAGAGUGCGGAGACAGAGGAGAAAAGAGGAGGAGGAGGAAGAGGACAAGAGGAGGAGAGCUAAGGAGGAGCAGGAGAGGCCAGAGUCCAGGUUUGGACAGGAGGAGGAGACAGAUGAGGAAGAUGAGAGAGAAGAAGAACAAGUGGGGAGAAGUGAAAAAAAACAGUCAAGGACACAGAGCAGAGCGCUGCUGACUCCCUCACAGCCGUUGUCGUGGUCCUACUCCAAGUACAUGGCAGCUCUGAAGAGAGAGGAGGUGAUGCUGAGGAGACGGAGUCAGCUGGAAGCCUCCUUCUCCACAGCCUCAGACUCCUCCUCUGACUGCACUGUCAAGUCAACAGGCAGUAAAGUCAGCCGCCAGCUGCCCUCACGACGCUCCUCCAGAGCGGAGAGCAAACAGUGUAACACAUACAGCAGGGGUGUAAGAGCCUGCGACAUGAAAUGAAACCAAACGUGUGUGAAGCGACUUCAUGCGGCGAAUGUUGACACAAACAGAUGAGAAUGACUGAC